AUGGAUGAUGGCGAGAAGAAUGACUUGAAAAUUGAGAGGCUACAUCUGAUCGAUGUUUCUUCUAUGGACGAUUGCCUGAUUGCGUCACCUUCUGGCAGUUUACAGGACUUGCAGUUCCAGUCUUCUGGAUUUUCACAAAGUUCAAAGAAGCAUGGCAAUUUUCAGUUGUCGGAAGCUCGUCAUGCUCGGGAAAAUGAUUUGGUAUAUUUGCCUCAAGAAAUGGGGCAGGAAUCUCAGUUGUCCGAAUCCUCUGAACGAGACAGAACAAGAAAAGUUGGUAAUUAUAAUUUGCGCAAAAGUUUAGCCUGGGAUAACGCCUUCUUCACAAGUGCAGGUGUUCUUGAUCCCGAUGAAUUGUCAUUGAUAAAUAGUGGGUUCAAUGAGGCUAAAACACAUUUAUUACCUGCUAUUCAAGAAGAUGUACAGCAACCCACUGAGUCAAUCUCCACAUUAGACAGUGACAUCUUGACAUUGGAAAGCCUUGAGGUUAAUUUGUUUGGAGAUAUAAGGGCUUCCAUCCAAAAAUUCAAAGGAGCAUCUAAUGGAAAAUAUCCUACUAGCAAGGGGCGAGGACAACCAGAAUCUCAGAUGAAGCAGAUAAGCAAUUCUAGGAAGCAAACUAUUAGUUUACAAGGUUCAGGAAAAAUAAAGGAGGUUUCUGUUCAUCCACGAGCUGUACAGGCUGCUGCUACAAGUGGAGAGCCAGAUACGUCAUCCCUUAGGCCACCUAAGACAGUAGGAAAGGUCAACCGCAUCUCAGCUGCACCAACAAAAAGAACUUCUCUGGGUACCAACCAUGCGAAAGUGGAAAAUUGUACUGCUAAAGCUGGAUCAGGAAGGGGAGUAUCUACCUUGCUGUCCAAGAGACCUGGUAUUGCUGAUUCAUCUAGUGGUAUUUCUAGGUCAUCCCCCAAAUCUUCUUCGGGUUCUCCCCUUGUCAUCAAAGUGGAAUCAACAGCUUUUUAUUCCUCUAACAACAAAUCUGUUACUACUUCAUCUGGUUCUUCUGGUAAAUCUCUCUUGAACUCUCGGAGGACCAAAAUUGAUUGUAGAAAUAUCAGUCCACCUUCUUCCGGUUCAACCCCCAAAACUCCUCUGAGAAUUUCGUCGAGAAAUAAAAUCGCAGCCGGAAGUUCACAUCUCUCAACUUAUCUGAUGUCAAUGUCCAAGCCCUCUUCAAGCAUUUUGCCUGCUAGCUCUAUGGAUGGAUGGUCGUCGGAAUCAUCUUCAUCAACUUCAGCCAUCAACCAAAGGUCUUAUAGUUCAAAGGCCAGCAUUGAUGUCAGUUCUCCUCAAAGAGAUGUCUCUCUCGACAGUGGUUCCCCUAGGUCAUUGGAUAUGCAGACGCAUCCGCAUGAUCAACUUAUACCACCAAGUCAACGUUCCGACAAAAUUUGCUUGGGAACUGGAAUACCUUCUUACUCAAUCUCUAACAAGGUUUCUGGAAGUGUAAAACCAUCGGGUCUUCGAAUGCCAUCACCAAAGAUAGGUUUUUUUGAUACGGAUAAACCCAUGGGGCGCACUUCCAGUGGAGGUCCGCAACAUCAUUCUACUGUUCGAAGUGGUUUGAGUAGGCAUGAAUCCGGAAUUGGUAACUACAAUGUAGGUGCCAUGAAAACAAAGCAAGGGAUUGCAAUAGAAGAUCAUGCUUGCUUAUUUUCAGAAGUUCGUGGGUCUUCUAGGAAUGAUACAAAGAACCACUCGAAGACUUGGGAAGUAGGGGGAGAGGUGCCUGAUAGAAUUCCACAAAAUAUCGUUUCUGGUUUAAUUCCAGAGAGUGGCAUCCAAGUUGAAUUGAAGAAUACAUUGGGUGCAGAAAACAUGCGGCAAUUCCACGUGAUGAAUCUUGAGAUCAGUCCCAAAAGAUUUCGUGGACUUCAUGUUUCUAAAGAAAAGGAGAAUUUAUUUCAUUUUGAAGUAGAUAAUUUGGCCAAGCAUUUGGUAGACAUGGAUCUUAAUAACUCGGUGAAAGAGCUUUAUGGUGAAGAGAAGUUAUGUUUUAUAGGUUGAUGGUAAUGAGUAAUGACCCAGGAUAAUUCUGGGUUUCCAAAUUCGUACUCAAAGGAACAGCUUGAUGCCUCCAGGAGGGGAACCAGUUUUCUUAGAUAAUCGUUCAAGGCUAGUCUGCGGUCUCCCUCCACGGCUCCACCUACUUUGGAGGUUAUGCCUGUGAGGACUAGAGGACUCGACAUAAGAGUAAGUGAUAGAGAAGGCACUCACAUUUUUCCUAGAACGCAUAAAGCAAGAAAACAGCCGAGUUGUGGCGUUUCAUCGUUCAUCGGUGUUGGAGCGCUUUGAUAAAAUUCCCAUAUCUUGCCACAUGAAUGAAGCAACCGUACGUAGUCUUGUUUUCGAAUUGGUUGAUACUUGAGACUUGGAAGUACUACAACCCUUUUCUAGUUUUCUGGCUUUGUAAAACUCUUUUGUGUGGUAUCAUUUAUGCCAUGGUUUAUAUUGAGGUUGGCAAGUGGUAUUUCCCAAAGCCAACUCCAACCCCAAUCCAUGCCUUGCACCAUAAC